CUAACAAGGCGGGACAUCUCUCUCUCUCUCUCUGUGGUUUUAAAGAUCUUCGGCCAACCGAGAUUUUUCGGUGGCUGUGUCAUAUAGUGCGAAGUUGAGAGUCACGUCUGUUUCUUCUGUUUCCAAUCACCAGAAAAAAGCGAAAAAUUUGAGAAAAACGAACGAUCGGUUCGCUCUCUCUCUCGGAUUUUAAAUAUCCACCUUCGAAUUGUGAGAGUUUCCACAUUUCAGGAGCGCCGGUUCAUUAACACUCCCUCUCUUUCUCUCUCUCUCCAUCUCCGCCUCUCUCUCUGACGGGAUGAAGAAAUCGGCGACCUUGUUCACGUCCAUGGCUGCCGCCUCCGCCACCUUGCUCUCCGCCUCGGCUCUCCCCAGCGAUUCCAGGAGCCUGAAUUCCCAGGAGGGGUAUCCUAAUUCAAGGAAUUCGUCAACAAGCGAGGUACCAUCUCAAAGCGGUCAGCUGGAAGAUAGAUUUGCACCGAGGCUCGAUGGGCUGAGAUUCAUAGAAACGCUUGUCACAGCACACAGAUAGCAAGCACAGAAGCGACCCUUCACUCUCACGGAAACUGCAUUCUCCUUGUGUGUUAUUAUUUCGUCUUGUGGUUGGUGAGGGUCUGGUUUUCCUUUUAUUCAUUGUGUAUUGUGGGGGGGGAUUCAAUGUAAGUUAUUUUUAGGUUCAACUGCCAGAAAGAUGUGGUGCAACUGGGAUUAAAAUAUUGAUCUAAAAUUGAUUUCGAAUGAACCAGAGAGGCGUCAUGGUCAUGCAUGCUGUUAUACUAAUAAAAUAUUUAAUCACUUUCUGAA